AUGACGAGUUUACUACCUAUCUUUUUAUGCACUCUACUAAUCAUAGAAUUUGUUCUUGGAAAUUUUGCCAAUGGCUUCAUAGCGCUUGUGAACUUCAUUGACUGGAUCAAAAGACAAAAGAUGACCUCUGCUGAUCGAAUUCUCACUGCUCUGGCCGUCUCCAGAAUUGGUUUGCUCUGGGUAAUGGUAAUCCACUGGUAUAUAAGUGUUUUUCCUCUGGGUUUCUAUAAUAUAGCAGUAACUAUUAUUGUUCAUAGUGCCUGGACAGUGGCCCACCAUUUUAGCAUCUGGCUUGCCACUAGUCUCAGCAUAUUUUAUUUAUUCAAGAUUGCCAAUUUCUCUAACCUUAUUUUUAUUCACUUGAAAAAGAGAGCUCAGAAAGUAGUUACAGUGAUAUUGUUGGGGUCGUUGGCCAUUUUAGCUUUUCAUCUUGUAUUGGUAAACAUACAUGACAGUGUGAGCAUAAAAGAAUGUGAAGGAAACAUGACGUGGAAGAUGACAUUGAGAAAAUUUUCAGAGCUGUCAUAUGUGACCCUUUUCACAGCAGGAAACUUCUUACCCUUUACUGCAUCUUUGAUAUGUUUUCUGCUCUUAAUCUGUUCUCUGUGUAAACAUCUUAAGAAGAUGCAGCGCUAUGGAAAGAAAUCUCAGGAUACCAGCACCAAGAUCCACAUAAAGUCUUUGCUCAUUGUGAUCUCCUUCCUCUUGCUUCUUGCAGUCCAUUUUCUGUCUAUAAUCAUUCCAGUUUGGUAUUAUGAUGGGCAACUGGCAAAGUUGGACCUCAUGCUGUGCCAAGUUAUUGGAUUGACCUAUCCUGCAUGCCACCCAUUUAUCCUGAUUCUGGGAAGCACAAAGCUAAAACAAACCUUUCUCUCAUUAUUUUGGUGGAUGAGGGACUGGCUGAAAGACCGGAAACCCUCAAUUCUUUAA